AUGAACCCACGAGGCCCCCCACAAAUACCGCCUCGAAUUUCUUCUCUUAUUCCAGCGCAAAAACGUAAAGCACUCGACAAGUACACGGAGAGAAAAGCUUCAUCGUCAUCAAAGCUGAGCACUGCAACUACAACAAUAGAGUUCAUUGAUGCAAAGAACGAAGAGCUCAAUACUGGCAUCGAAGAAGGCGUACAGACUAUGGCUCUCCUCCAAGAAGCAUUUAAAUCAAGAGUCAUAACAAUAGACGACUACCAGUCCGCUGCAGAAGAACUGAAACGGCACCGCUCGCUCAUUGACGAUGAACUGCGAGUUGUGAAGAGGCAGAAGAGGGCUUUGGCACAGGACAUAGAGCAAGAAAUGCCGACUUACGGGAUCCUAAGUGAAGCGUACAGUUCAGCAAUGUCCUCGAAGGUCAUGGCAGCAACUGCCAAUAUGAAAGUGGAGAUGGUGCUUGAUGAGGAGAAGGGAAAGCUUGUCAAGAAGAAAUUCGACAAGAAAACGUUUAAGACCCGAGUGAUGGACUGGUAUGGUGCGACGAAGAAUGAUGAUGAGGCUGGGAGGCAGUCUUAUUGUGUUGUCUCUGGCUGGCAAGCUGCCGAAAACGUUUCCGCCGCUCACCUAGUACCGAAAUCGCUGAACUCGCAAGAACUGCUCUACUUGUUUGACGUUCAAGACGAUAAGAUACUAGGAGAUUGCCGCAACGGAAUUCCUAUGCAUAAUAAGCUCGAGAACGCCUUAGACAAUGGAAAGAUAGUUUUCGUUCCCAUAGACAUGGCUUCUGAGGGGACGAUUAUGCGCUACAAACUUGUUCUUACGGAUAAGUCUCUGUCAAACAAGGAGGUGCUUGGGCCUCAGCCUUUUGGAAAAAUAGGAGUUAAAUGGAGCGAGAUUGACGGGAAAGAGUUAAAUUUUCUGAACGAACAUCGCCCCGCACAAAGAUUUCUCUUCUUCCGAUUUGUCACAACCCUAUUCCAUUGCAAAGAGGAAGGCUUGAGCCUUGAAUGGUUGAAAGAUAUAGCAACGCAGACCAAAAACAAGCUCUGGUGCACACCGGGCCCAUACUUGCGCCAAUCCAUGCUGAAAGUCAUGGCUAUCGAAUGCGGCCUUGGAAUCGAUCCGGUUUCCGAGAUGAUUCUGUCCAAUACUUUCACAAGUGAUAACGAAAUCUCCACCGCAGAAGUAGCCAAAAAUGCAACAGCUCUUCGAGUCAAUGUCAAGGAUCGUCUCCUGGGGAAAUUUGAAGAUGAGGCUACUGUCGGACCAGAAUAG